GCCAGUGUAUGUCUCCCCGCAGCCGUGGCGCGCAACUCCCGGUGACUGUGCAGCGUGCGCCGCCGCCUGCCCCAACCCGCGCUGCCGCCGCCCGGCCCGGCGCGCACCUCCUUCUCCCGGGGUGACCGGCCUGCCGCCGCCUCCCGAGACACAGCUUGGCACCGCUUCCCCCGCCCUCGCCGCCGCCACCACACACACACACGCACGCUUCUCUCCAUCUUGUGAUUCCUUUUUUCCUCCUGAGCCCUCCAGUGGGGGUGCGAGUUUGCCUUUAUUCCCCCCACUCCACCUUUUUUUCUCUCUCCUCCCCCUCCUCAGCUUGGUGUGCGCCUCCUUCUUUUCUCGCCCCUCUUCAUUUUUAUUUAUUCAUAUUUAUUUGGCUCUCGCUCUCUCUCGCCCCUUCUCCCUCCCUCCCUCCCUCCCUCCGGAUCCCUGAUCUCUCCCCGGAGUGGCGCGUCGGCGGCUCCGCCGCUGGCCAGGCGUGAUGUUGCACGUGGAGAUGUUGACGCUGAUGUUUCUUGUGCUCUGGACGUGUGUGUUCAGCCAGGACCCUGGCUCCAAGGCCGUCGCCGACCGCUACGCCGUCUACUGGAACAGCAGCAACCCCAGAUUUCAGAGGGGUGACUACCACAUUGACGUCUGUAUCAAUGACUACCUGGACGUGUUCUGCCCUCACUAUGAGGACUCAGUCCCGGAAGAUAAGACUGAGCGUUAUGUCCUCUACAUGGUGAACUUUGAUGGCUACAGUGCCUGCGACCAUACUUCCAAAGGGUUCAAGAGAUGGGAAUGUAACCGGCCUCACUCUCCAAAUGGACCACUCAAGUUCUCUGAAAAAUUCCAGCUCUUCACACCCUUUUCCCUAGGAUUUGAAUUCAGACCAGGCCGGGAAUAUUUCUACAUCUCCUCUGCAAUCCCAGAUAAUGGAAGACGGUCCUGUCUAAAGCUCAAAGUCUUUGUGCGACCAACAAAUAGCUGUAUGAAAACUAUAGGUGUUCAUGAUCGUGUUUUCGAUGUUAACGACAAAGUAGAAAAUUCAUUAGAACCAGCAGAUGAUACCGUACACGAGUCAGCCGAGCCAUCCCGCGGCGAGAAUGCGGCACAAACACCGAGGAUACCCAGCCGCCUUUUGGCAAUCCUACUGUUCCUCCUGGCGAUGCUUUUGACAUUAUAGCACAGUCUCCUCCCAUCACCUGUCACAGAAAACAUCAGGGUCUUGGAACACCAGAGAUCCACCCAACUGCUCAUCCUAAGAAGGGAUUUGUUAUUGGUUUUUUGGCAGAUGUCAGAUUUUUAUUUUCUUUCUUUCAGCCUGAAUUCUAAGCAACAACUUGGGGCCGGGGGAGCUAACAUAGUUGCUGCCUCCCUCACCUCACCCCACCCCUGCCCUUGCCUUCUCUCACCCCUUGCAAAUUAGAUGGACUCCAGAUGAAAAUGCCCAAUGGUUAUAGUGACACCCGUGGUCGUCUGCUCCUGUGCAUUCUCCUCCAAGAGCUCACCUCCUAUAGCGCACUGUCAGCGGUAUGUGGACGAGGAAGGAUAGUGGCAGAUGCAGCCGGUGAUGGCGAGGCCCAGGAGGGUUUUCCUCUCCCAUGCAAUUCUUACGCCUUCUCAUUCAGGACUGUGAGAUGAUCGUGCAGGGCAUCAUGUCACCCUGUCAAGUCCAGAGGGGAGGUAUUAAGAACAGAUAUAAUAUUACACCAUUUCCUCUAGGAGUGUAUAAAUGAACAGGCUUCUGAAAGGUUGAGACACUGGUUUUCUGUUUUUUGUUUUUGUGUUUUUUAAAAGGUGACUGUCUCAAAGCAUUCUUGACAGCAAAACUUGUGCUCCGUAGAAGAAGCCUUUUGUCUAGGAGGCGGGUCGAGUGCCGGAAUGUUAGCACAGAGCAAGUGUGAAAACACGCUACGUUGGGUGGGGGAUAUAUAUGUGUGAGUGCCUCCAAUUUUUUUGGUGACUGGGCAGCGCACACCAGAUUAUGUUUUUUCCUUUGAGUACAGAUCACCAUGGUGCUACAACUUUUUUUUUUUUUUUUUUUUUUAAGAAACUGAAAGAGGCAUUUUUACAAAUAAAGUGACCUUCCCCGAGGCUGACAAGCCAGGGUUGAUGAGUGUAUAUGGAAUAGCUUUGGAUACUUCUCUGGGGGAACAAUGUGUACCAAGGAAAGGGUGUCAGUGGCCAGAGGAGAUGUAAUUUGGCUUUGCUGGAGCGCCAGUGUGCUGUGGCCUUUCCCUGACUCCCACCCUCAUACCCACACUUUGCUCCACACUCCACGACUACAGGGGCUCAGACACAAACCCCUGUCCCCGCACGAGUCAAUACUACUUGGGAGGGCUAAAGGGAAAUUUGGAAUAAAAAUUCCAAAGUCUGGAACGAAAAAAAUUCAAGAGUUGAUUUUAUAUUCUUUCCCUUUCUGACACAGCCUGAAGCGUAGGGGGAACAUAUGUUUAUCUGUGGGAGAUAAACAAGAUGGAGUCCCAAAGACUUUAACAAACUAUUUUUUUAAAAAUCCACUAGAAUAGAAUAUACAUUAUUUAGAUAUACUUUAUGCUGAGAGUGAGUAUAUAUGCUUGUCCUAUUUAAACUUGUGAGAAAAAGUGGUAUCCCUUGAUACAUUUAGAAAUAUGGGGGGGCUGCCUUGUCUCAUUGUAGGGGUGGGCAAGAGGACAGUAAGUCAGCACGGCCAACAGGGAUGUUCCCAGUCGAUUACCAGGAAAUGCAAGCCUUGGGGGUUGCUACGGGUGAGGCUGUCACGAACUUUGAACUCCAAAGCCUAGGCAGGGAAAAGGGUCAGACCAAUGGAAAAGAAAAGAAAUCAAGCAAGCCUUUUUUGCUGUUGCAGGACAUGUCAAUAGAAACCAUGCCUUUCAAAACAAAACAAAAAAUAAAUGCAAUGAUCGUGUAAGAUGUGAAAAACUGGAAGCGUUCCAGCAUAAUAAGGACUUUUUAAUAUACUGGUUUUUUUUUUUUAAUGUACAUGUUAAAAAAAAAAGAGGGGUCAUAUUAUGGAUAUACUUCAUGAAUGGGAAUUUGCUAAGAACUGUGAGUAGUUCUGAAUUAGAGAGAUAUGUGAAUGAAAGGCAGCUGUAAAGGCGCUGCACGCUGGAGAGUUGUACACAUGUUGAAAUGUAAUCUGGGCUUACCCGAUCCGUUUGGAGUGGAUGUUAAUGCUGGGUCUGUUCGCACUUGGAACCAUGUGAGAGGUUGCCAGCCUCUCCGAUUAAAUCCUAUUCCCCCAGACAUCAGGAACUUCUCUGGAGUGGCAGAGUCUUAUCACAGAAGGCAGCCACCAUUUCACUGAAACAAAAGUUCACAGCAUUGGAUUAUUUUUUGCAUUAACUAUUUGUAUACUCAGAACUCUCAGUAAUAUCCAGUAAUACUUCUUUUUUAUUAAUAGUUAGUUACAGGCUUGUUGGUCCAGUGGGAUUUGGGUAGGGGGAAAAAGAUGCCUUCUAAAAUGGAUCAAUAGAACCAAAAUAAUAUUGCAUGUUCUAUGACCACAAGGAAAUCAAAUGAUCCUGUAAUGAUUCCAGUUAGUCAUAACUACAUUACCAGUGCUAAUUUCAUUUUAGAAAUGGUGACUUCUGUGGUUUUUCUAGCAUUUGUCUCUAACAAAUGAUAAAAUAAUUAAUUACUCAUGGCCCUCUCUGCCAUUGUCUUUCAUUUUUCACAGUGAAAUUAGACCCCUUCACCACUGUGCCACUACAAAUUAAAUGUAAAAAAAAAAAAAAAAAAAAAAAAA